AUGCUCAAUCGCGCCGACGACCCAAUGGGGUUGCACAUUCUCCACGAGCCUAUCGGAACUAGGAACGUCGACAUCAUCUUCGUACAUGGACUUGGUGGCUCCAGUCGUCUGACCUGGGCAUGGGAGCGCGAUUUGAGUCUGUUCUGGCCAAAAGAGUGGCUGCCACUCGAGCCCGAAUUGGGUGACGCCAGGAUAUUCUCGUUCGGCUACGAUGCCAACUUUACCAAGUCGACACAAGACACGCUCAAUAUCAAAGCUUUUGCGGAGCAGCUCCUGAAUGCCAUGAAGUUUGGCAGAGGGGAAUAUGAGGAUUGGGACAUUGGAAAGGCUCGCUUGGUAUUUAAGAAGGCUUACAAUCUCGGCGCAAUCGACAAAAAGUUCAGUGCAAUGACUGACACUAUUCGUGGGGUGGUGUUUCUCGCAACACCUCAUCAGGGCAGCAACCUGGCCGACGUGCUCAAAAAGUUCUUGUCCACAUUUAUGCAAACUCCGAAACAGUACAUCAAUGAGCUGCGACAUAACUCUGAGGCGCUGGUGGGCAUCAAUGAACAGUACGUUCAGCAUGCAAGGAACAUGCACCUCGCAUCGUUCCGCGAGACUCACGCCACCAGUAUCCGGGGUCUCAAAAGUCUCAUCGUCGACGAGUCAUCAAGUAAACUCAAUUAUCCCAACGAGAUAUGCUGGCCAUUGAAUGCCGAUCAUCACAAUGUCUGCAAGUUUGCGUCUCGCCAGGAUCAAAAUUACAUCAGCGUCAGCAGUGUGAUAAGGGAUUUCGUCAAGCUUGUAACCUCCAAAGCCGCGAUCCCUAUCAGUCGUCGUCCUUCGACAGUGCAAAGUUUCGAAUCCAUCCGGAAAAGACUGUCCGGACUGAUCGAUACGCCCGAGAGGUACAGGGCCGACCACGAGCGCGUCUCUCAGCUCUAUGUGCCUGGCAGCUGCGACUGGAUCCUCGACGACCUCCAAUUCCGCGGCUGGCUCUCAGACGACUCACUCGAGCCUUCAAUUCUCAAGCUUUCUGGUUCUCCGGGCUCAGGAAAGUCAGUCAUGGCCGGCUUCCUGGUGACGCACCUCGAGGAAACUCAGAACAGGGUUCAAUAUUUCUUCUUUCGUUACAAUGAGGAGGCCAAGCGAUCGAUCACCGUCUGUCUCAAGAUGCUGGCUUACCAAAUUGCACUUUGCAUGCCCGAGUAUCGUCGAAAGAUCCUCCCACUUCUCGAGGAUAAGAACGCCCUCGCACGGAACGAUGCGAGAGGUGUGUGGCAAAGAGCAUUCGUCAAUAUUCUGUCCAAGAUGGAUCUUGACGAGCCCCUCUUCUGGGUCAUCGAUGCUGUGGAUGAGUGCGAGUCGGCACAGAUAUUGCUCAACCUCCUGCCUGCGUUGAAGGAGCAAUCAAUCCCCGUGAAGAUCAUCUUUCUUACUCGGCCCCAAGCAUCAUUUAGAGCUUUCGAGAGACUUCGCUAUAGGUUCGGUUCAAAUUUCCGCCAGAGUGAGGUGGUGCCUACUCGAGAAGGACAGAAACUAUUCAUCGAGCAGGAACUGGAAGUUGCAUACCGCGAAUGGCCGCAGAACUUUUUCAACAAUGUCAAGGAUGACUUGCUCCGCAAAUCGAAGGGAAACUUUCUCUGGUUGACGCUCGUCACAGAGGAGCUUCAUCGGUGCGACACAGAGAAACAGGUAGAGGAAGUACUUUCUCAGCCGCCGGAGGAUCUCGUCGGCGUUUACUCAAGAAUUGUCAGCUCCAUCGCGAAAACCUACAGCGAGGGCGAGUUGCAGACAGCCAAGAAGAUCCUAAUCUGGAUCACCUGCGCCGAAUGGCAGCUCUCCUUGGGCGAACUCGAGGAAGUACUGAGCCCGGAGCUCACGGCUCUCAACAUCAAACGGACCAUACACCGGCUUUGCGGGGAUUUGGUGGUUGUCGACGAGAAGAAAGGCAGUGUAUCAGCUGUGCACCAUACAGCGAAAGAGUUCUUGAUACAUGACAAAGGCAGUGAGCUUGCGAUUGACCCGCCUGAAGCCCACACAUUGAUCUUCGUCAAGUGCCUCGAUAUCUUGAUGGACACGCAAUUCAGAGUACAUCUGAAAACUCAUGGCUGUGUAGGCGUGCUGAAGUACGCUUGCAUUUUUUGGGCCAAGCAUCUUGCCAACGCCGACCAUCUGAAUCGACAGCAUCUUCGCACCUUGGUCAAAUUCUUUGAAGGAGAGUGUGUGCAAGCCUGGAUCGAAGCGGUGGGCCUCAAUGGCAGCUUGAGCGUCUUGACGAGGACGUCUAAGAACCUGAAUCUUUUCGUCAAACGAAGAGAACAAUAUGAGCAAGAGGUUAUCCCUAUGAACCGUUCGAGUGAGGAAUGCGACUUCCUUGCCUUAUGGUCAGCCGAACUGGUACGCAUCGUGGGAAAAUUCGGUCACCACAUCGUGAAAUACCCUGACAGCAUCCACAAUUUGAUACCACGAUUUUGUCCGCCGGACUCUAUCAUGGCUCGUCAGUUUGUUUACUUUAGCCCAACGGCUCUCCAGGUCACAGGGGUUUCCAAUACAGGCUGGGAUGACCUGCUCGCAAAGUUCAAUACCAGCCAGACAAACCAGCCAGACAUGAUCUACUGCCUGGACGAUUUCUUCGCCAUCCUGGCCUCGAGUAACACUGUCAACAUGUACUCAACGUCAACAUUCCGCGAGAUAGGGAAAAUUGGACACGGGGAGAUGAUUCUUGCCAUGAAGUUUAGCGAAGACGGUGACCGACUGGCGACAUGCGGUAAAGACACCGUCAAAAUUUGGGACGUGGAAAGUGGGAAACGUCUAGGCCACUUCCCGAACCCAGAUGGACUCCGCGCUAUGGAUGUUGCAUUUGACAAGAAGUGUUGCAAAGUUCUUGUCUGUUAUGAUGACUCCAGCGUGAGAUUUAUGUCGCUCCUGGGUUACAAUGCCUGGCAGACUGUCCCAAAAGUGUUUCCCCCCGCUUCAAGGUCAACAUCGGAGCCCAGGUUUGCCACACCCGCGUGCGCGUCCUUCAGUCCUGACGGGACCCAAGUGGCCAUCUCGUAUCGCGGAAUCAUGCCACUCAGAGUCUGGCACACCGAGACUGGUAAGCUCAUGGGGACCCUGGACCGCAGAGGAGAAUUCUCUCGAGGACUGCACAGCGGCGCAUGCUAUGCUUUCAGGUUGGCAUGGAACCCUGUGACGGGCCAUGUGCUGGGCGUCUACAAUGAGGGCUCGGUCUUCAAGUGGCAUCCGCUAGAGGCGAGGAGCUGGGAGCCCCAGCAGUCUCUCAGGGCCUCAGAACUCGCCUGCUGCCCUGAUGGGAAAAUGUUUGUUACCGCUAGCAGAGACGGAUCUCUGAAAGUAUGGACCUUCGAAAGCUUCACUUUGUUGUAUCAUCUGAGUUGUACAUUAUCUGUUACGGACAUUGCACUCAGUCCUGAUGGGCGUCGGAUCUACGACCUUCGACAGACUUACUGCCACGUCUGGGAGCCGAAUUCGCUCAUGCGAAUGGCCGAAAUGGACGAUGCCGAUAGCGACUUGGCAGGAUCACGACCGGGAUCGACCAGUUUCUCUCUGGUGUCGGAGGAAGAGACGGUGGCUGCCAUACUGGACCCCAUCAACUGCCUCGCGCACAGCCGGCACGGCACCGCCUAUGCUUACAGCAACGAGGUUGGAAUGCUGAGCGUGGUUCUCGACGCCGAUGCUUCCAAGAUGGAAGACCAAGGCGAGACCAUCAUGGGCGUAUCAUGCAUAGCUUGGAGUGAAGAUGGCCAGAUUGCAACGGCGGACAUUAGUGGCAACAUCGUCAUUCGUUUGGUGACAGAGGGCGGGCUUAUGGCAAGCGACCUCAAACUGAAGUCGGCCGAAAUGGUUCGCCAGCUCUUGUUCGACCACAGCGGGAGAAGGUUGCUGGCGCGGUGCAUUACGUACACCAAGUGGAUCUUGCAUCCGUUCCUUCACGAGGCACUGCUAUCCGUCACACCCCGAGAACUCACUGUUCAUCGCUGGGAAGACCUCGAAUCAGUGCAACAAUGGCACAUCGACUUCCAAGCAGUCGAGUCUGCACGUCAUGACGACGUUCCGCGGCUUGUACGCUCGCCGUCAUCAACGCAAGCGUUGACACGGUUAGAGCUCGAGGCGUCCAUUGACAAAGUCAUGUUUUGCAAGGAAGGACAAUGGCUCUUCGUGCAAAAGUCCACUGCAUCGACAGACGAGAGGCGAACUUUGGACUUCUUCACGAUGGAUGUAGCGUUCCUUGAACCGGGUCAGGAAGGUCUAGCUUCACCUGUGAACAAUGUCUCCGCAACGCCGUUACCUCAGCAAAUCCUGCGUGAGAUCGAGGUUCCUUUGGGUUUCGUGGCUGAUCAUGUUGGCUUGAAGAAGACAUUGGGUGUGCCGCGGAAUCUGGAUGGCGCGAGCUCCAUGGCGUUCCUUGACCGAGACUUUUGGCUAUGCACAUGGUAUCUGAGCGCUGACGCGGGAAAUGUCAAGAUCAGGAAGCACUUUUUCCUGCCGCGAGAUUGGAUCAAUAUGGAAUGUUUGGAGCUGGCGAUGAUCACGCACGACGGCAGAUUUCUGUGUCCAAGAAAUGGCGAGCUGGUGGUCGUCUCGAACGGCCUGGGCGGCGGCGGAUAG